ACGAUUCAAUAGUAUCCUGAGUUAUCCAUAAAUAAACUACCGCUCGACGGUUUUUUUUCUUUAUUUCCCCAUUAUCACUUGAUUUGUCGGCCACAGAAGUGACAACUGAUUCAAUUAAUCAAUGGUGACACUAAUUAUAUGUAUAUCGACGUAGAUCAUAAAUACAUUGAAACUAUUCGCAAUAAAAUAAUGGAUCAGGAUUUGUGCAGAGAGAUGGAAGAACGCCUUUCAAUUCGUGACACAAGUAGAAAAUUGAAGAAAUACGGAAGUACUUCAAAACAUUUGAUAAGAAAUGAAAAUCUCGUUAAACAUUUUGUAUGUAAAAGUGAUACACUAGCUGGUAUUGCCCUGAAGUACGGAGUUACGACUGAACAAAUUAGGAGGGUUAAUCGAUUGUGGGCGUCUGACAGUCUAUUUUUACGUGAAUAUUUACUAGUACCUGUCCCCAAGGACUCUAAUACGCAACAAUUUAACGAGGGAAUUGUUAGGGAGAACUCGAGGGGUGAUUGUGAUGUACCUAGUGCAACGCAUGUGGCAUCGACAAGCAGUGAUGAUAGUUCUGUGGAUAAUUUUUUAGCUAAAAUGGACUCGUCUAUUGCUAGUGUCAAGAGGGAAAUUCAGAAGGUCCAGGGACAGAGUUCCUUUAUGUCUGACGACGAAAUGUUCGUGCAACGAAGACCGGGAACCCGGAGUUUACGUCACAGUUUAACCCACUCAACCCCUCCAAUAACCUCGACAGGUUCAUCGAUGAACCACCACAUGAGAUCAUCGUCCGAGGACGACGUACACGAUCUUCCAUCAGCCGUUGUCAUGACACACGGAAAGAAAUUGAAAACAUCCCUCCAGAAGCUCCAGCAGCAGCAGGACGAGAUAUUUCAAUUGUAGCUAAUGAACAAUUACGCUAGAAUGACAUUAAACUGUAUAGUUUAUUCUAAUUUUUUAAUUUAUCGAGGACCUCCAAGGGGUCCAAGCCCUUCAGUGAACUGAAUUUUUUGUAAAUAAUAUUAGUAAAUAAUACAAAAGAAAAAUGGGAAUUAUUUCCAAAAGAUUUUUUUUAAUUCAGUCAUAUUGAACAACUUCAAUGAUUAAUAAUUCACAUUCAACUGUAACAAAAACAAAAAUUCCCUGUAGGGACUGUUCCCCUUGGAGACAUGCUUGACAUGACGACUAGCAAAUGACGAAAGUGAAAGAAGGCAGAGCAGAACAAAAAAAUAUACAAACACAAAUGUUAUUUUUUAAUCGAUCUAGUAAAAAAAGGGGACAAAUAUUUAUCUUUCUUUUUAAUUUAGUUUUAUUUUUCUAAUUAAUUCGAAAAAUCACGAAGAAAAUUUAUACAUUAGAUUAUAUUAAUCUUAAGUAAAUCGCGGGGACAAUUUUUUUGUCAAUUAAUGUUCAAUUACUUAUUCCCAAUUGCCCAGAAUUUUUUAACUGCACCACCAACUCCAGGCCCGUUGUAGGCCAAUGCCAGGAGUCCAGCCAGUGUCACUACUGACAUUGCGUAGAGAGCAGCGAAUAGUAUCUUUGGGAGAACUGGGCCCACCACUGCUGGCCUUGCAUAGUCCAAAAUAAUUGCCUCGAGGCCCCUGAGAAUUGAAAAGAUGAAAAGUUGUUUGGGUGGAGGAGAGGUAGAGAACAGAUUAUCUUGCACAGGUCUUGAGACCUACUAGAACUAUUUCUAGAAAUAGUUCAUCGCUAUGACUCGAAAAAAAUUGCACAUUGGAUUUCAUAAUUCCAAAGUUUCAAGGAUUCUGAAUAAUUUUUUUGGAAUUUUAUGAAAUCCCCAAAAAUCCUCAAAAAUUUUUUUUUUUCUGCGAAAUUUCACAGAGAUUUUAGGAGAUAUUUACAGAAUUCUUGAGCUAACGAAUUUUUAUAAUUUUUUUAAGCCAUCAUUUUCGGCUCUCUACCCCUGCUUCACCGAUUGAUUCACCACUCAUCAUUGAAAAAAGCUGCUAUUGUAAUUAUUGAAUACCACUGGGAGAAGCAUUCGCUUACUGCAUUGAACUAUUUAUUUGCAUAUUUUUCUUAUUAAAAAUGACAAAAAAGGACUUUAAAAUUUGUUGUCAUCACUAAAUUGUUGAAAUAAUUGAGUUUUUCAGUCUCUACUCUCAUUAUCUGUACAAUAAAAUGCAGAAUAUUUAUUGAUUGUUAAUAAAUCAUUGAUUGAUUGAGAA